CUGCAGAACAGAAAGCGGCAUAGACUCGACGCCUCCCCUCUCCCGGCUUUGUCUUUUUGUCUUUCCCGGCGGCGCAUGAAAGAGCGGAAGUGCUUUGAUGUUUGGCGGAAGCGGAAGCGCGUCCUUGAAGCGUGAUGGCGGCGCUGGUGAGGGUUGUGAAGCGCCGAGCAGGAGAAUCUCAAUGGAUUGCGUUAUGCAGUGGAUUGAUACAAACAACUUUAGCUCAGCCACAAUGGGGCAGAAUGCUUCAUGGCACUCUCCAGGUUUUUACAACCAAAGAUUCCCUUCAGCCAUCUGAAGAGAAAGUAGGUGCUUUCACGAAGAUGAUAGAAGCAAUGGGCUUUACAGGACCACUAAAAUAUAACAAAUGGAAAAUUAAAAUAGCAGCACUGCGUAUGUACACAUGUUGUGUAGAAAAAACAGACUAUGAAGAAUUCUUUAACAGAUUUCAGAUGCCCGACACAUUGAACUCUUGGUUUUUAGUAUCACAACUUCACGUCUGGAUGUGUUUAGUACGAAUGAAGCAAGAGGGCCGAGCAGGAAAAUACAUGUGCCGCUAUAUAGUUCACUCCAUGUGGGAGGAUGUUGAGCAGCGUGGUAAGGUCAUGGGGAUUGAUUCUGUUUCCCUGAAAGAAAGCAUGAGAAACAUGACAGAGAAUUUCUAUGCAGCUAUUUUUGGAUAUGAUGAGGGAAUUUUAUCAGAUGAUCAUGUCCUCGCAGCAGCCAUCUGGAGAAAUUUGUUCAAUAAACAUUGCGAUGAUCCAAGAGAGUUGGAAAUAAUGGUCGAAUACAUACGCAAACAGGUGCAGCACCUGGAUGCAAUUCCGGGAGAAGACCUCCUGCUGUCUGGCGAAGUGAGCUGGCGCCCCCUGGUGGAAACCAACGCACAGAGCAUUGUGAAGCCUGCUCUCCCAACAUACAAUGACGAAGGACUCUGAAAUGGUUUUCAGACAGAUUGAAACUGUUUGCUGCUGACUGUGUGGAACAAUUCCUGGAAAUGGGACUUGGUGUAUGCUGUAGGAUUUUUAAAAGAGAGAAUAAUAAAGGCUGUGUUACUAUGCGAAAGAGUGGUUAAAAUGCCACUCUUUUGUAGUUGUUACUACCUGCUAUUUUUAGUAUUACAUGUGUAGUUAAAUGCUGCUACUUUAUUUGGAGACUCCCUCACCAUUACAUUACCCAGGUCCCAGCACACUUGUUCUCAGUGGGAGAGUUUGUCUUUCAAGAGCAAAAUAGUUUACCAAAGUGAUAAGCAAGCUGCCUUUUGUCUGGUAAGGGAAUCAGAGGACUUGCUCUCCUGUGAAAGCACACGUGUGAACAUGAAAACCCUUCCUGUACAUGCAUUGUGCGCUUCGGGCUAUGCAAAACUCGACAAGUGGCUGAGUUGUAAUGAGGAUGUUCUACAGUAUGCCUUCUAAGAUAAAGUUGAAAUUGAUACCGCUGAUACGGGACAAUUUUCUUGCUUGCUUCAGUAGCACAGACAUAGAACUUGUUUGUUUGUUCAUAAUCUGGGAAUGGGUCCAAGAGCAAAAGUAGAGGUGAAAUACAUAUACGCAUGUAAGAUGCAGGUUUUACAAAAUGCAGACAGUAUUUGCAGCUGGGGAGACGGAAUCAAUGGCAUCAGUUGGGAGAAGAAAUGCAGCCCAUCAUUUCCCUACUGUGGUCCUGAAAGGAAAAAAAUCUUUCUGAUACUUAUUUUUACUGGGAAAUUCUUAUUGACACUAUUAAAGGAUUCCUACCAAAACAAUAUAUUCAGAGAAGGGCUUUCACAGGAGAAGAGGGAAAAUUAAAUUGCAAUGAUCCUAGUCAAUUAUUUCAGCUAUUUCUUUCCCUGCUCCCAUCAAUGAUGCACUUCGCACUUUUUAAAAGAAACCUGCAUGUUAGAUGCAACAUACAUUCAAUGUCAAGGUCCAAUUUGACCCUGAGGCAGUGGCUAGAAAACAUUUUUCAGCCUGCCAUUUCUCUCUUUCAAAGCUCGGCAGCAUGAACAUUUCUGGUUUAUGAGUUUGUUUUUCUCAGGUCAUCUCCCUUUAAAAUAGUGACUCAGGAUCUCUGACUAACAAUUUGACCAAGUGGUGGUUCUUUCCCCUAAUCUCUUUAUCCAAUUGUAUCUUCACUUCAAAAUGGCUUUUGUAUGCAUUUCAUUAAAGUUGGUUCCUUUUUAAAGAUGCAAUUCCCUCUUAUGCGCAUAACUAUAGAGAUACAAUCCUCUUUACCAUGUAAUGCCUUUUGUGAAAUGUUGAGAAAAUAGUUCUCCACAAAACCUAGGGUUUGAUCCUAAUAAAUUUGGUGAAAAGAGUAUAGAUGUUUAUCAUUUUGAUGUGAGAGUGUUUCUGCAUCACUUCCUUGUUUGACUAAGAUUGCACAUUGAUUCCUCUGCCUUUUUGAUAACACUUUUCCAAACUACAGCCACAAUACUGUAGAAAUGAAUAUUCUAUGACAUCCAGGGGAAGACUGGAUGAUAUUUAAUGUCAAUUCUCAUUUCUGGGGAUCAGGGAGAUAGAGACAUGAUCUCCAUAGAAACGUAUUUUUCUGGGAAAUUGGAAAUGUACAAAAGUGCAUUCUGUGCUGCUCUUCUUCCUGCUAGAUGUCUUCAUAAAAUCUCUUAUCUAAAGAUGAAGAAAAUAUUUUUGUAACUGGCUUUAGAGAGCCUUAAACCUGGACGGGUGUUCUAAUGGUCUUCAGUUUAAAAAUGUGAUACAUUUAAGCUGUAAAUGUGUCAACCCUUUAAAGGAAAUAUCCUAUUAAAUAACUUAUUUCAAUAAAAACUAAACUUGUUUACAUUUUGA